UGUGGGGGGGAACCAGGUGUAACCUGAGGAGGCGGGCGCGGCUGGCUGAAAGGAGCUCAGUUUUCCUGCGGAACUUGCUGAGCAGCUUAAGAGCAAAGGGGGAAGCGAAGACACAAGAGACUGGAGCGUCGCCCGCACCUGUUUGCGUCGCCUUGUUCUACCUGCUUUCUUAAAUCGCGGACGAUGGGAUUUCCUUCUAGGGCUGCUUUCCUUCUGGGAGCGCUGUUGGCGCUCGCCGCUACAGCGUGGAGCCAAGAAUGUGUAUGUGAGAAGAACAAACGGACAACAGAUUGUUCUGUUUUUAAUGGUGUAUGCCAGUGUAAAUCAAUUGGAUUUAAUAUCACAGUGAACUGUCAGACAUUGACUUCAAAAUGCCUAUUGAUGAAAGCAGAAGUGGCUGGCUUAAAAUCAGGUAGAAGAAAAAGACCAGAACAUGCACAUGUAGACAAUGAUGGCAUAUAUGAUCCAGAAUGUGAUGCAAAGGGCAACUUCAAACCUAAACAGUGCAAUGGAACAAAGACUUGCUGGUGUGUGAACAGUGCUGGAGUGCGAAGAACUGAAAAGAGUGAUAAAAACAUUACAUGCCAAGAUGUAGUAAGGACAAGCUGGAUUAUUAUAGAAACAAAAUAUCGUGACGGAAAUACACACCCAGACAAAGCUUCCCUUGAAAGGAGUAUUGGAAAAAUCUUUACGGAGCGUUAUCUUUUGGAUGAAAAGCACAUAAGUUUUUUGCAUGAGGAGCCUUUCAUUAUUAUCAAUCUCAAACAAAAUGUUUCAGAAAAAGGAAAUACUGAUGUGGAUAUAGCUGAUGUGGCAUAUUAUUUUGAGAAAGAUAUCAAAGAGGACUCAAUCAUUACUGAAGGUUUUGGAACCAAUGUUGUAGGAAAACCUCUUCAAUUUGAGAACACAGUAAUAUAUUACGUUGAUGACAAAGCACCAGAGUUUGUAAUGAAACGUUUGACACCUGGACUUAUUGCUGUAAUUGUGGUUGUAGUCCUGGCAAUAGUUGCUGGUAUUCUUGUACUGAUAUUUACUCGAAGAAAGAGCGGCAAGUAUGAAAAAGCCGAGGUAAAGGAAAUGAAUGAAAUGCACAGAGAACUAAACUCGUAACAUCUGUAACAUGAAAUGAAAGGAAGACUGUGGUAAAUAAAAAAAAUUGACAGAAGAGAAUAUCAUGGACUGCUACUUUUAAAAAAUUGUCUGAAUCUUUAAGCAAUCUUUCUGCUAAACUGGCAUAUUACUGUAUUUUGAAGCUUUAAAGAUUCUAUUAAAAGUCAUAAUUAGCCUAACCAGAUAAGUGGCAUUCUUUUGUCACUAUUUCUGAUGUAACUUAGUAAUGUCCUUUUGGAUGUCUUAAAAGUUUGUUGAAAUAUCUGAUAAUUAGUUACCUAGGCUGCCAGGUAACUCUUUUGAAUACAAGAGUGUAUGUUUGUAUAUAUUCACAUUUAAUCAUUUUUUUUACACACAGUGAAUUUUAAUAAAGUUUGAAAUGUA